AUGAAGACGAGGCUGGAGCUCUUCCUGGUCGUCACGGCGUUGACCUGCUCUGCCGGCAAGCCGCUGAGCAAGGCGGCGUCCGGGAACAAGCUGCUGCUCAUCUCCUUCGAUGGCUUCAGGUGGGACUACGACCAGGACGUGGACACGCCGAACCUGGACCAGCUGGCUGUGGACGGGGUCAAGGCCGAAUACAUCACCCCCCCAAUGCUGACCAUGACCUCCCCAUCCCACUUCACCACCAUCACCGGCAGGUGGGUGGAAGACCAUGAAGUCGUCCACAACAUUAUGUUUAACGCCAAGACGAACCUAAAAGUUCCUCACAAACAGACAAUGACCAGAUCAGAGUGGUGGGACAACGGAGCCCUGCCGUUGUGGAUCACGGCUCAGAACCAGGGUCUGAAAACUGCUUCCUUCUACUACCCGGGAGGUGGUGCCAACUACAGCGGCCAGGCAGUGAAUCGAGUGCUGGUGGAGACGUUCAACCACCCGGACGACAACGAGACCGAGUGGCGUCAGAACAUCGACAGGGUGAUGAGCUGGUUCUCUGAGGAGGACUUCCACCUGGUGACGCUGUACUACGGCGAGCCCGACAACGUGGGCCACGCCAAGGGCCCGGAUCACCCAGACAGGAAGAAGAUCAUCCGGCAGAUCGACCGCACCAUCGGCUACCUGAGGGAGGCCAUCGAUCGGCAUCACCUGACCCACAGCCUGAACGUCAUCAUCACCUCCGACCACGGCAUGACCACCGUCAAGAAGCGACCGCAGGUGGACGAGAUCAUACUCAACAAGUACCUGAAUUUACUCAAGCUCGCCAGCUUCGAGAUCCUCGACUACGGCGGGUUCGGCAUCCUGACACCGCGGCCAGGGAAGGAGCAAGAGGUUUAUGACGCUCUGUCCAACGCACCCAAUCUGACGGUCUACAAGAAAAACGAGAUUCCGGAGAGCUUCCAUCUCGCCAAAAGCAAGCGGUUGCCUCCCAUCGUGGUCGUGGCAGAUCUGGGAUUCAACCUUAACUCCAGAUUCAUCGUCUACGUCAACAAAGGCGAUCACGGCUUCCAUAACGGAGAGAUGGACAUGAAAACAAUCUUCAGGGCCUUUGGACCCGACUUCAAGAGGAACUUCCUGUCUGAGCCGUUCGACAGCAUCCACAUCUACCCUCUGAUGUGCAAACUGCUGCAGAUCGAACCGGCGCCGCACAACGGAUCGCUGACCGUGACCGAGAAGAUGCUGCUGCACAGUGGUGGAUCACAGAGAGCCGGAGCGUCUGUGGCUCUGCUGAUGCUGAUGCUGCUCGUGUUCAAUGUGCUUUAACAGAUCCAGGACCAGAUCUGCAGAUCCAGGAUCUGAACCAUGUGGUUUUAUGGGUUUUAAUCUUGGUAACAUCACUGUGUUGUGACUUCAUAACAUUAUAUCUCGGUGAAUUAUUAUUGGUUACAUUUAUACACGAUACUAACUCAUGAUUAUAUGCUUUUCUUUUCUAUUUUACUAGUAAAGUUGGUGAAUUUUUCUGGUUCAUGCCGGUGCAGUUGAUGCAUGUGUUUCCCUUGUUAGUUCUGGUUUUAUGCAGAUU